AUGUCGAGGUCAUCUAUUGCAGGUGAAGGUGGAGCACCAGUAACGUUCACGGAUGAAGAGGGUCUCAGGGAAUCAAAGAGAGCUGAACAAGAAUUUGGUUUCAACACUUAUGUAAGCGACAUGAUCUCACUUAAUCGCACAAUUCCUGACAUCAGAAUGGAGGAGUGUAAGCAUUGGAACUAUCCAGAAACUUUGCCAACCGUCUCUGUCGUCGUCGUCUUUCACAAUGAAGGGUGGACACCUUUGCUGAGAACAGUGCACUCCGUAUUGCUUCGAUCUCCUCCACAGCUUAUAAAGGAAGUCGUAAUGGUUGACGACUACUCAGACAAAGAACAUUUGAAGGAAAAGUUGGACAAAUAUAUAAAGAGAUUUAACGGGAAGGUUCGACUCGUGCGCACUGAAGAUCGUGAAGGUCUGAUUCGUGCUCGCACGAUAGGGGCAAAACACUCCACUGCAGAUGUGAUCAUCUUCCUAGAUGCGCACUGCGAAGUUAAUACGAACUGGUUACCCCCACUUCUUGCUCCAAUCAAACAUAAUAGAUUGCCGCAAAUUUGUGAACCAAUGUUUAGGCGUGUAAUGACGGUACCUGUCAUUGACGGCAUCGAUGCAAACACGUGGGAGUAUCGAAGCGUUUACGGUCAAGCAGAUCGUCAUUUCAGGUUCUAA